AACUGCUUCCAUUUUAGUUGGAGGUGGUGGAGGAUUGACUAGAGAAAAUAGUGUAAGAACCCUUCCUCCUUACACGGAGAUGGCAGAAGAACCUUCUGAACAACCAGGUGUCAUCUCCAUGUUUACUAGAUACUUUUUUCCUCCUGGAGAAUUACCACCACCUUAUGAAGAUUUACGUUCGAAUGAAACAAGAAAUGAUGAUAUUAGAAGGAUAUCAACUUUAAAUUAUGUUAGUGAUGUUCAAGGUGAUCCUAAUGAUCCUACUAAUCGUAAUAUCACUGAUCCAGAAGGAGGGAAUAUAUUGGAUGAUGUUAGAGGUGGUGUUACUUUUGAAGAAUUAUCUAGGUCAGAAACAAUAUCACCACGUUCUACAAUUACAAGACAGAUAUUACCCGAAGCUGGAGGUACAGGUACAGAGUCAACAAGUUUUGAAAAUGAUCGGGAUCAGGUUGAUGAAACAGAUGAAACAGCCAAAUUAAAUGAUAACAAUGACAACUAG